UUAUCGAAGGAGUGCGAAGGUUUAAAGGUUUUCUAGAAUCAAGUUCAUUCAAAGCUGUACGAAGCUUCCACGAGCGUUGAACAACACGUGGUAGUAGUCGUGGGAUGAGAAUCCGAGAGUUGCGCCUCUUCGUUUCUGAUAUCUGUGCUGCUGAAAUCCGCUAUGUUCCCGCCAUGUUAUUGUUUGUACGCUCGCUAGGUGUUGGAACGACUUCAAAUAAGUACUGAGUAUUGUCGAAAGAAAUGAUUGCAGUGCUCCGGGAGUAAGCAGAGGGCAACCCGGAAUCUUUGUGCUGCGAAAAAUUGCUCCUAAUCGCUGUCAAAAUGUCUAGCACCACUUUAGACAAGGAUACGUUUUUCCGGCGUAUGAGGAAGCUGUACUCGGCGUGGAAGGACGCCGAAGGUGGUAAUGACGAUGGCUUUGGCAAAAUGGAUGCUUUGGUGUCAGCAGUUGGUGAAAACGACGAUAUUAUGUACAGCAAAUCAUCAGCACUACAGACAUGGCUUUUGGGGUAUGAACUCAAAGACACCAUCAUGAUCCUGACAUCUGAGGCUAUUCACUUUUUGUCGAGCAAAAAGAAAAUUGAAUUUUUACGUCAGAUUGAGGCUAAUAAGGAUGAGAACAAUGUUCCUCCCGUAAAGCUUCUUACACGAGAUAAGGGAGAUGUGGACAAGAACCAUAUGAAAAAGCUCAUUGAAGAAAUAAAGAAGAGUAAAAGUGGAAAGACUGUUGGGCUUUUUGGUAAAGAGAACUAUCCAGGUGCUUUUGCAGAUAUGUGGCGGAGUAUGCUCAAAAAAGAGAGUUUUGAAACUGUUGAUGUAAGUGCUGCUGUUGCAUUGGUCAUGGCGCCUAAGGAGGAUUCUGAGCUUGCCAUUUUGAAGAAAGCUAGCAACGUCACAAUGGAUGUCUUUACCAAGUAUCUCAAGGAUCAACUAAUGGAUAUUAUUGAUUCUGACAAGAAAGUAAAACACAUGAAACUGUCAGAAGGUGUGGAUCAUGCCAUGACAGACAAAAAAUAUGUGACUGGUGUUGAUACCGGUCAGGUUGAUACAUGCUACCCAGCUAUUAUUCAGUCUGGUGGAAACUAUGCUCUGAAAUUCAGUGUCACAAGUGAUAAAAAUCUGCUUCACUUUGGCGUUAUUGUUUGCUCUUUGGGUGCUCGUUACAAGUCCUAUUGUUCAAAUAUUGUACGGACAUUCAUGGUGAACCCACCUGACGCAAUGCAAGCCAACUACAACUUCUUAGUGAGUGUAGAAGAAGAGAUUCUGAAAGCUCUGGUUGCUGGAUCAAAACUGUCAGAUGUGUAUGAGUCAGUGUUAUCAUUUGUAAAGAAAGAAAAACCAGAAUUUGUGGAUAAACUUACGAAAACUUUUGGUUUUGCUAUGGGCAUUGAAUUUCGUGAAAGUUCUCUGACCAUUGGGCCUAAAACUGCAGCUGUUGUCAAGAAGGGCACAGUUUUCAAUGUAAAUGUUGGUCUGUCUGGCUUGACCAACAAAGAAGCUUCUGACAAAGAGAGUAAAACUUAUGCUCUAUUUAUUGGUGACACCGUUGUUGUAAAUGAUGGCCAACCAGCUACUAUUCUUACUCUGCUGAAGAAGAAAAUCAAUAAUGUUGGAAUCUUUUUGAAAGAUGAAAAUGAAGAUGAUGAUGAUGAUGAAGGUGAUAAGGAGCAAGAGCAAAAGCAAGAGCCUCUUGUAGGAAGAGGUAGAAGAACAGCAGUUCUUGAUUCAAAGCUUAGGACUGAUUCUUCCUCUGAAGAGAAACGGAAACAGCAUCAGAAAGAGCUUGCCCAAGCAAUCAAUGAAGCAGCUCGUGCUCGAAUGGCUCAGCAAGGAGAGGGUAAAGAAAAAGAAAAGGUUCGCAAAUCUACUGUCUCUUACAAGACCCGCAGUCAGAUGCCUAAUGAACCAGAAGUUCGUGAAUUAAAAAUUUAUGUUGAUCGGAAGUACGAAACUGUAAUUUUGCCAGUUUUCGGUAUACCUGUUCCGUUUCACAUUUCCACCAUCAAGAAUAUAUCCCAAUCUGUAGAGGGUGACUACACGUACCUUCGUGUUAAUUUCUUCCAUCCUGGUGCAACUAUGGGCCGUAAUGAAGGAGGUUCAUAUCCUCAACCUGAUGCUACAUUCCUGAAAGAAGUCACUUACCGAAGUAUUAAUACUAAGGAACCUGGUGAACUGUCAGCACCAUCUUCAAAUCUUAACACUGCUUUUAGACUUAUCAAAGAAGUUCAGAAAAAGUUUAAGAAUCGUGAAGCCGAGGAGAGGGAAAAAGAAGAUCUUGUGAAACAAGAUACCUUGGUUCCCACCAACAACAAGGGUAACCCAAAACUCAAAGACCUUUAUAUUCGGCCAAACAUUGUUACAAAGAGAAUGACAGGUUCAUUAGAGGCUCAUGCCAAUGGUUUUCGCUUUACCUCUGUCCGUGGGGACAAAGUAGACAUUCUUUAUAACAACAUCAAGAAUGCAUUCUUUCAACCAUGUGAUGGUGAAAUGAUUAUUUUGUUACAUUUCCACCUAAAGCAUGCCAUAAUGUUUGGCAAGAAAAAACAUGUUGAUGUACAAUUCUAUACAGAAGUGGGUGAAAUCACAACAGAUUUAGGGAAGCAUCAACACAUGCAUGACAGAGAUGACUUAGCUGCUGAGCAAGCAGAAAGAGAACUUCGUCACAAAUUAAAGACAGCUUUCAAGAGCUUUUGUGAAAAAGUUGAAGCCCUUACUAAGCAGGAAAUCGAAUUUGAUACUCCUUUCAGAGAAUUGGGCUUCCCUGGUGCGCCAUACAGAAGCACUGUUCUAUUGCAACCUACUAGUGGAUCUCUUGUCAAUCUCACUGAAUGGCCUCCAUUUGUUGUCACCCUUGAAGAUGUGGAGCUUGUUCAUUUUGAAAGAGUUCAAUUCCACUUAAAAAAUUUUGACAUGAUAUUUGUCUUUAAGGAUUAUAGUAAAAAGGUUGUUAUGGUGAACGCCAUUCCCAUGAACAUGCUGGAUCAUGUCAAAGAGUGGUUAAACUCAUGUGAUAUUCGGUACUCAGAAGGCAUCCAGUCCCUCAACUGGUCAAAGAUUAUGAAAACCAUCACUGAUGACCCUGCUGGGUUCUUUGAAAGUGGUGGGUGGACUUUCCUUGACCCAGAGAGUGAUGAAGAGGAAGGAGCCGCAGAAGAUGAGGAAGUGUCAGAGGAUGAUGCCUAUCAGCCCACUGAUGUGGAUUCUGACGAGGACUCAGAUGAUGAUUCUGAGUAUUCUGAGGCAUCAGAAGAUUCUGACAGUGAAGAAGAGGAGCUUGGAAGCUCAGAAGAGUCUGGUAAAGAUUGGUCGGACCUUGAGAGAGAGGCUGCUGAGGAAGAUAAGGAGCGCCUAGAUUUUAAAGACGAAUAUGCUGACAAAAAGAACAAGAAAGGCUCACACAGGGAAAGCCACCGCUCGCCUGAUAAAAAAUCAAAGCAUAAUGAUAGGGACAGGCACUCUUCAUCUAAACACAAGAGUUCAAGCAGUAGUAACCACAAAUCAAGCAAACAUAGCAGGGACAAGGGAAGAGACAGCAAAUCAUCUCGUUCAUCUAAACAUAGCAGCCCUAAAAAAAGCAGCAGCAGUAGCAGCAGCAAGCGUCCGAGAGACGACAGUCGCGAUCGUCGGAGCUCAAAAAAGCAUAAGAAAUAAACUUCACAAUAUGGACCUUGUGGACCUGUCUUUGAGGUGGUAUCAUCGAAGAGAUUCAUGGAUCAUUGUUACACAUUUGCCUGAUAAUUACCAUAUUGUUAACUAAUUUUCCAUUAAUUCCUCCAUCUAACUGAAGUGAACAUCAUCUUGUAAGAAAUUAAAUGUGAAUUCUAUCCUGUUUAAUCAAACCAGCUGUAUGUUAGUGUUCCCCUUAUUUGUAAGACUGCGUGUUUGUUAUACAAAUGAGACCUCUCAUCAAUCUCAGCAACUAUUUAUUCAAUGUAUCAUUCUUUAAGUUAAAUUUUGGAAAGAAGUACCUUUUAGUGCAACAAUGACCUCAGUUUUGUUGAAUCCUUGUUACAAAAUGUUUUUAUUUAGUCCUAGAAUUUUAAUAGUUGUCUAGCACACAUUUUUUAAGUCUGCCGGAAGCUUGUCUAUGUGAAAAGGAAAUACUUUUUUAUUCUUCUAGCAUGAAAGCAUGAGUAGUUAGUGCCGAUCAUUUGUAAGUUGUGUUCUUAUUUCUUUUCCUUUAGACGUUAAUGAUCUCCCGGUGUUAGUGUCAAGUCAGUAUUGUUCUAAACCCCUGCUUGAUAUUUCUGAUGAUUUUUUUUUUUAUUUCUGAAUACAAGGAACUUUAUGUAUUCUCAUUUCUCUUCAUGUAAAUUCCAAUGAUGUCCAAAAAAAAUGUGCGUAGCUAAUUUAUCUGCAGAAGGGCUGUUUAUUAUACUGUCAGACCUAAUGGCACACAUUUCAUUAUGCUAUAGGAACAAAUCUUUUCUUUUUAAAUGACAAAACGCUAGCUCUACUCAAUAUGUACAGUGCCAAGUAAUAUAUACAAUUUUUUUUUUCAAUAUCCUAAUGUAAAAUGCGGUAACGAGAUCCUUGAUUGCGAUACAGCAAGAGCACAUAGCACAAGUCCUAAAUAAAAGUCCUUUCAGUUA